AUGGCUGCCAACACGACCCGUCAGUUCGCCCGCACGGCGCUGCGCUCCUCCACACGUACCGCCUUCGCCGCUGCGCCCCGCCAGGCCUUCCGCCAGGGCCACCGUUUCUACUCUUCCGAGGCCCCCAAGGCUGCCGGCCCCAACUGGGCUCUGCUGUCUGGCCUCGCCGUCGCCGGUGCCGGUGGCGCCUACUUCUUCACCCGCGAGGGCGGCGUCUCGGCCGGCUCGGUGCCCAAGGUCGUCAACCCCACCAAGAAGGACUACCAGGACGUCUACAACGAGAUCGCCUCGCGCCUCGAGGAGAAGGACGACUACGACGACGGCAGCUACGGCCCCGUCCUCGUGCGCCUCGCGUGGCACGCCAGCGGCACCUACGACAAGGAGACGGGCACGGGCGGCAGCAACGGCGCGACGAUGCGCUUCGCCCCCGAGGGCGACCACGGCGCCAACGCCGGGCCUGAAGGCGGCGCGCGACUUCCUCGCGCCCCAGCUUCACCGGGCCCCUGGACCUUCUCGCCCACGGUGCUGACCAAUGACUACUUCCGCCUGCUGCUCGAGGAGAAGUGGCAGUGGAAGAAGUGGGACGGCCCCAAGCAGCUCGAGGACAAGUCGACCAAGACGCUCAUGAUGCUGCCGACCGACUACGCCCUCAUCGAGGACAAGGCGUUCCUCAAGACGGUCAAGGCCUACGCCAAGGACAACGAGCUCUUCUUCAAGGACUUCUCCAACGUCAUUGUCCGCCUCUUUGAGCUCGGCGUGCCCUUCAAGGAGGGCACCGAGAGCUGGGUCAUGAAGCCCACCUGGGACGAGUCGCCUUGA